AUGACGCCGCCCAAACCCGAUGUGGCGCUCAAGAACCAUUGCACCGUCGUCCACGAGAACACCCUCUACGCCUACUCCCCCGAUGCCUUCCAGUCCAUAUCCCUGGAAGAGGACGCGGAAUGGAAGACCUUGACGUACAACAUCUCGGCCGCCGGCGCACAGUGUGUGUACGGCGGAGGGGCUCUGUACGUUGUUGGAGGAACCGUCGAUGCUAGUCUCAACUAUCCGGGUCUCAUGAAGUACGACUUCGCCGCCAAGGACUGGGAAUGGCUCUAUCCCACCGACAGCAUAUUGGCCAACCGAGUGAACCAUGGCGCCGCCUACCUGGAAGCCUCGUCCCAGCUCCUCGUCUACGCCGGUACUACUGUGACCGGAGACGCUGGAACAUCAUCUGGAACCUACACCAUCAACACUGCCGCACCCUACAGCAUCUCGUCUUACCCUUCUGGAGGCGCUCCCAACGUGAUUUCUCCCAUCUUGCUUCCUUGGGACGAUAGCCAUGCGCUCAUGCUCGGUGGUGGUGCAGCCCAGACCCAAAUCUUCAAGUUCAGCGUUGAAAAUGGCUGGGAAAACCUCAAUGUACAGCUUCCCACCGCCAUUGUCGACCAGACCACUACCAAGUGCACUUUGGUCGAUGGUGAUGAUGGCAGCAAGGUGCUCGAACAGUACAACCUUGGUGCCUCGCCCAACGAGGUCACGAGGCUUGCUCUGCUGGGAGCCGGCGGAGCUCAGGCAGAAACCGGACAGGCCAUUGGUGCAAAGAGGAAGAGAGAUCUGAGUCUGAGCGACUGGCCUUCAUACAACAGCUCCCUCGCGCCCGACACUCCCCGCGCUGGCGCCUCGAUUGCCCAGGACUCCCAAGGCCGUGCGAUUAUCAGCGGCGGUGAUGACGACGAUCCGAUUGUCAUCUUUGACGAACGCAAGAACACUUGGAUGAACUCUACUCAGUUCUUCUACGGCAGCCAGGAACCUACCAAAAUAUCCUCGAGCUCUUCUUCAUCUCUCUCCUCAAAGAUUUCCUCGGCAACAUCAUCUUCGCUUGCUGCUGCAUCCUCCACCGUCGCAUCCGCCAUUGCUUCCGCAACCGCUUCCGGGACUUCCUCUGCAGCAGGAUCCGCAUCUUCCUCCGACGCAUCCAGCUCUGACGACGACCACAAAAACCGCAUGCUUACCGUGUUGGGAGCGACCCUGGGAACGAUUUUCGGGCUUGCCGCCAUUCUCGUCAUCAUCCUGCUCAUUCUCCGCUGCAGGAAGAAGAAGCAGAAGGGCCCUGGCGGAGAGAAGGGAGGAGAGAAGGAUCGGCUCAGCUUUGCGGACAGGGGCGUCAGCCAAUUUGGCCAGUACCCACCGCCACCAGCGGCACCCCCUUACAUGCAAGACAACAACGCUUCUCAAACAUCCUUGGCCAUCAUCUCAGGCAAGUUUGGCAACGGUGCAAAGGCGCCCAAGACACACACUCGCGGCUUGCCAAGUGAUGCCAGCACGGCUGGUCUCGUGGCGAAGAAGACACCAUAUGGCUACGAAUCGCAUGAAAUGUCGCCCAUUGGAGCGGCACCGCCGUACAGCGUCCAGAACCCCAUGGCGGAACCCCCGCCUGCGGCUGUUGCCGACGAGAAGCCUGACCGGAGCCGGAGCUCGGGAUGGAGCCGUUACUUCGCUAACAAUGAGGCUACCAAUCUGGCCAAUGAGCCUUAUGAUCGGUCGUCUCGGGUUAGUGACAUGAGUCAGUCAGUAUACGACACCAAUUCGCGCUAUCUGAGUACGCCUCCCAAGUUUGGCAACCCCAACCAGAUACUACCGCCUCUGGACGUCAGCUUCGCCAACAACGCAUUCGAUGGCAACAAGGUCAGCCAGAUCAUGUCUGCAAGCCCAACCAUCGGCAACUCCCGCGAGGAUCUCUCUAGUCGCGGCAUGGGAGUGGGUACGCCUAUGCGUGCCGAGCUGGCACGUGCGAAUAGUGUCAGCACCAUCUCGAGCUUCGAGUCGAAGAGAAUGUCUCAGGCCGAGGGCCAACAGACCUGGACCCCUAUCGAAGGCAGUGGGUGGAACAAUAGGGCUCCUAGCAGUCUCUACCCCGACAGCCGGCCCCAGAGCGAAGUUCCCUUCGCCGACGGUACUAGCUCCUACUAUCCCAACGAUGGCACGAGCUCUUAUUACCCCAAGAGCAACACCAACUCCUUGUAUCCGCCCAGCUUGCAUCCCGAUGCUGCCAAGAUGCCUGCACCCGCUGCCGGCCGUGAGAGCACAGUAACGGUCUUCCCGAGAGGAGUGCCGUCGACGGUCCCCACGGACGAAGAGAGGCAGAAGGCUAUUGGCAAUCAAGACAUGAGUUGGUUGAAGUUCUAA